AUGGCUUUAACAUUAGCUGAGAGUCUGCGUGAAGCACGAAGCUUACCGGCAUUUACUGGAGAAAAUGAAUAUACGCUGAGCAACUACUUGCAAGAUGUCUCCACCGUACUACAGCUGACUGCGACAGAACAUCAUGAUACUCUACAAACAGUGUUGGAUAUAUUCAGCGACAUCAACUAUGGAAUUAGUUUGAUGGAGCUUCGUAAGCUCGCGUAUGAAUUUGCUCGGAAAGUUGGCGCGUCGUAUCCGGAUCCAUGGAACGACAAUCAACAGGCGAGUAAGGAUUGGCAGUUGGCGUUCAUGAAACGCCACAAAAAUUUGUCACUGCGAACACCAGAGCAAGUAAGCCAGAGCCGUGCGAAGCGAUUCAACAAAGAGAAUGUCGAUGCAUUCUUUGCCAACCUUUCAUCCGUUCUCGGUAAGACGCCGUUUGAACCUCACCGAAUAUGGAACAUGGAUGAAAUCGGGUGCCCGACCGUGCCAACCAGACCCUUCAAAACUAUCGCGCGCAAAGGACAAACGCAGGUCGGCUCAUCAACAUCUGCCGAAAAUGGCACCAAUGUGUCUUUGGCUUUGGCCGUCAGCGCUAGUGGCUAG